AUGACUUCCUCAGGUCAAGCCUUCGCAGUUCAACAACCUCAGACUCAAACCCUCAAUGCUGCAACAUCCAUCCCUCAACAUCAACCUUCAAGUGUGCCAUCUCAACAAACUAUUCCUGCUCCCAAUGUGUCAGCCAAAGUCUCCUCUUCAAACACCAAAGAAUCUGAUAAAAAUCUUGCUCUAGCCAUUGGGCUAGUUAAUUGCUACAAUGCCUUUGUAGCCGGAGAUCUUCCACCUCAGCUAUCCUUUGCUGACUUGGACCAGAUACAUCCCGAAGAUGUGGAGGAAAUGGACAUUACUUGGCAGAUUGCCAUGGCUGUCUUCAGAGCCAAACAAUUCGCCAAGAAAACAGGGAAAAACAACAAGGCUAUGAAUGCUGACAAAAAGGAGGAUCAAAUUCAAGCUUUAAACAUCACAGGGUCAGAAAAUGCUCAUCUAGCUCAAAUUGAUGAUGCUGCUUCAAAGAACAAUGAUACUGAUCCCGAGGCAGAAAUGAUGGAGCUGCAGUUUGCCCUAAUGGUUUCCACCUCCUCUGAGCCCAAGAAAAGUGAGAGACAACUUGAUGCUGUGACCAAAGAACUUGAUGAGUUAAAAAUUAAAAGUGGAAAAACAGAUAACGAAACUGACAGGGAGCCACAUCAUCAAUAUGGCAAACCUGCUGGUUUUGUUUCAAGAGGUUUUAUUAACAUUGAAAGUACUAAUGUUUCUACUUCCUCUGCAGAUACGCCCUUAGAUCAGGCCAAGUGUGAAGCUGGAGAAUCUGUUUCUGUUUUUAAUUCUGAUUUUUCUAUUGUGAACAAAUUUGAGUGUGUUUCUGAUGAUAAGACUGAAAAAGCUCCUUGUGUUAGCUCAUCAUUGGAUAAUGUUGAAUUUAAUUUUUUCGAUAUGUUGUCAAAACCGAACAAGGCUCAGCCAAGAUCGGUUUCAUCAAAAAGCAAUUCUAGAUCUUCUACUAAUUUUGGUAGAAAAUCCAGAAGGUCUAUGCAAACUCCUGUGAAGUCUAUUUCAAAAUCAUCAGAGACUGUUGUAAAACCUAAACUUCAAUGGAAGCCCAAAUCACUCUCUAGUUCAUCGUUACCUCCCUCUAAAGUGAUUAGAAAUGAAGAUCCUAAUUUGCAAAUUUUAAAGUCUAAAUCAGAAAAGGGACAGUUGUGGAGGAAUAUCGUCCGCCCUUGGUACGUCGAUAGCGGUUGUUCCCGGCAUAUGACUGGAGACAUCUCCCAGCUGAGCGAAAUUCAAUCUUUUAAUGGGGGUUAUGUUUCCUUUGCGGGCGGAGAUGGUGGAAAGAUCACACUGCGCGAAAUUGUUACAAAUGGAGUGUUGAGCUUUGAAAAUGUCAACUUUGCACCCGAAUUAAAGCAUAGUUUGUUGAGCGUUUCUCAGAUAUGUGACAAAGGCUACUCAACGCACUUUACUGAUAAAAGUGUAUGA